AUGUGGUACGAGAUUUUAUCAGUCGCCUGCUGUACCAGCAAUUGGAAUCGCCGUCUGUCAAAAGCGCAACCUGCUGGCUUCACUUCACUUCCAGCGACACGUCUGACAUCAAACGUGCUGUACAAACAUAGCGCGACUCUCGGGCGAAGGCUGCUAAUUUGUGCUCUCGUUUUUGCAACGCUCGUCUGCAAUGCCCGUAGAACCGUUGCAGACGAUAUCGACCCCGAAGCAGUCCGCCGCGCGAUCGAUCGUGGCGUGGCCUACUUAAAGCGCGAACAAUCGCCCGACGGCACCUGGGGCAAUUGGGCCGGCCAGACCGGCGGGGUGACGGCGCUGUGCACGUUGGCCUUACUCAACGCGGGGGUUCCUGUCGAAGACCCCAACAUGCAUCGCGCGCUCACCUAUCUUCGCCAACUCAAGCCAGAGAAGACCUACACCACGGCACUGCAGACCAUGGUUCUCUGCGAAGCCGAACCGAAGGCCGAUCUGUUACUCAUCCGCCGCAAUGCAACGUGGAUCGAAAGCAAGCAAGUCCGCAGUGGUCCCAUGACCGGCGGAUGGUCUUAUCCUGGCGCCGGCGGAGGAGCCGACAACUCGAACUCCCAGUUCGCCAUCCUGGCCCUGCAAGCCGCGGAAGAUGUCGGCGUAAACGUCAGCCCUCAAACUUGGCGGCUGGCCCUGUCUUAUUGGCGAGAAGGGCAAGCCCGCGACGGUUCGUGGAACUACCAACUCAAUGGUCCACCCGCAGGCACGGGCAGUAUGACCUGUGCCGGGAUCGCCUCGUAUGUGAUCGCUUCUGGUCGACUCUCCGAAGGCGAUGCCGAAGUGGUGAACGGUCGCGUGCAGUGUUGUGCCCGUGCCGAUACCGAUCCCACCAUCGAACGAGCCCUGUCUUGGCUAGCAGCACGCUUCUCAAUCAACAAGAACCCCGGCAACCCCGGCUGGUGGAUGUAUUACCUCUACGCGCUCGAACGCGUGGGGCGGAUGACGGCCGAACGAUUCAUCGGCUCGCACGAUUGGUAUCGCGAGGGGACCGACAUCCUCGUCCGCGGGCAAGAUCAACUCUCGGGCUUCUGGGUCGGCCGGGGCAACGACGAGAAGAAUCCUCACAUCGCGACCAGCUAUGCAUUAUUGUUUCUUUCCAAGGGCCGCCGCCCGGUGCUCAUCGGCAAGUUGGCCCACGAACCGCGGGACGACUGGAACAACCAUCGCAACGAUGUGGCCAAUCUAACGCACUACACCGAACGCAAGUGGGACCAGAAGCUCACCUGGCAAGUCGUUCGCAGCGACGCGGCCGAAGUCGAAGACCUGCUGCAGUCGCCAGUCAUCUUCAUCAACGGUCGCAACGUGCCGGCGUUCUCCAAACGCCAGAUCAACGUAUUGCGCGAGUACGUCGACCGUGGUGGGUUCAUCUUUGCCGAAGCCUGCUGCGAUGGCGAUGACUUCGACCGUGGCUUCCGUCGGUUAAUGGAAGAGAUGUUCCCCGAGCCCGAACACCGGCUGCAUCUGCUUCCGCCCGAGCACGCCGUCUGGCGAGCCGAAGAGCGCGUCGACCCCGAACUUGCCCGACCGCUGUGGGGUAUCGACGUCGGCUGCCGCACCAGCGUGAUUUACUGUCCCGAAGAUCUUUCAUGCUACUGGGAACUCAGCCGCUCGGGCCGCGAUCAGACGUUCAGCCCUCAGAUCGCCGCCGAGAUUGCAGCCGCCAACGCAAUCGGCAUCAACGUGCUGGCCUACGCCACGAACCGGGAGUUGAAGUUCAAAGACGAGUUGCUCGCUCUGCGAACGGAAGAAGCCCCCGAAGAUCGAGUUCCCCGCGGCAAGCUCGCCAUCGCCAAGCUCCGCCACACCGGCGGUUGGAACGUCGCCCCGGCGGCGCUUUCGAACUUGCAGCGCUUCGUGGCCAACGAACUGGGCAUCCGCGUCGACACCACGCCGCACGAGUUCCCCAUCAACGACAAGCAGUUGUUCUCGUAUCACCUGGUGUUCAUGCACGGACGCAACAGCUUCCGCCUUUCGCCGGCCGAACGCGAGCAAUUGCGCACCUACAUCGAACGCGGGGGGAUGCUCUUCGCCGAUGCGGUUUGCGGCAGUGAAGAAUUCGCCCGGGCGUUCCGCGCCGAGAUGGCCAAGGUCUUCCCCGAUGCCCCGCUCGAACGCAUCCCGAUCGACAAUCCGUUGUUCACUCCCGAGUAUUCCGGCUUCGACAUCCAGAAGGUCAGCCGCCGCGACCCGCAGCGCGGCGACCCCAACGGCCCCUUGAAAGCCGAAUACCGGCAGGUCGAGCCUGACCUGGAAGGCAUCAAGAUAGGCGACCGCUACGGCGUCAUCUUCUCGCCCUACGACCUAAGCUGCGCCCUGGAAAACCACGCCUCCCUGGAAUGCGCCGGAUACACCAGCGAAGACGCCGCCAAGAUCGGCAUCAACGUGGCAGAAAUUUUGCAAUCCACCGACGACAGUCUCAAGAAAUCAACUUGGCUUCGGAAAACCGUCGUGGCAUGCGCGGUUGUCGUGGUGCUCUUGCUCGCGUUCUUUGUGCUCCAAAGAAACUCCCAGUCGGCCAAACUCGACGCCAUGCUGCAGGCGAUCCGGGAUUCCGGCGAGCCGGUGACUGAGGAAGAGUGGAACGAACACUUUUCUAAAGCGUCUGGAAUGACUGAAGCCAGCGCUCUGUGGCAGCACGCGAUCACCUCCGGAGCUGUCGCACUUACGAAAGCAGAUCAGAGCAAGUUGGACCUUGAUGCCAUUUUGGAUGAACGAUUGCAGAUUCCCAACUACGCAGAACGGCCAGAGGAAUUGAAGGCCUUAGCUGAUUACAUUGCGAGCAUCGAAUCGGAUUUGGUAGCAAUUCACGCUGCCGUGGAUGCCAACGAACUGGUGUUUUAUCCCUACGACUUUCUCGAUCCGGAUCGGGGCGUAAACGAGAUAUGGGGUACCCAUCAUGACGGUGGCCUGAUGGCCCUGCAAACUCUCGUGAGAUUGCACCAGGGUGAUCUAGAUGGAGCCACUGACUCUCUAGUAGCAACACUUGGUUGUGCCAAAGCCAUGGACGGCAACCCUGGAACGGCAAACUACAUCAUGCGCUAUGCUACCGAGGCCAUGUUUUAUCGUUGCGCAGCCGAACUGCUUCAAGAUGAAAACCUCUCUGUCGAAGCACUAAGACGGUUGCAGAAGGAGGUCCGAUCCAUCAACCACCGAGAGAACCUCAAGUGGGGAAUCAUCGGGGAACGCAUCUCAGGGCUGGAAUACUUGGCGACAAGCAAAAAUGAUUACCCGCUGGGAAUUCGGCUGGGAGCCACACCGCGGGUAAAAAUGCGUUGCGUAGAAUCGACCACACGAUCGAUAGCCGCCAUCGAACUCCCCUGGCACGAAGGGCUGAUCGAAGUCGACAGGAUUGAAAACUCCAUGGAUGUUAGUCAAUCCUUCUUUGAUUUUUUGUUCCCUUCGACGGUGCUUUCGCACAGCAUGGAGUUCUAUUUCGCCGCCGACGGUGUUGCACUGGCUCACAGCCUCGACGUUCUCCUCGCUGCCGAACUCUUCCGCCGCGAGAACGGACAACUUCCCAAGACACUUGAGGAGAUGGUGCCCGACUACCUGCCCGAACUCCUCCAAGACCCCUACAACGGCAAGCCUCUCCGAUUCGUCGCUGAAGAAGGAGGGGCCGUGGCCUACAGUGUGGGCCGCAACCGUAGCGACGAAGAUGGAACGUUCCCAUACUCUCAGAAGUUAGGCGUCCGGCCCGAUCUAGGUUUCGAACUCAAGCGACCAUCGGGUGUCGAACAGACAUCAUCCCCGGCACAAUGA